AAGGUUUAUCCUGACCACUGCUCCAAGCAGGUGACGUCCGCCAUAGCCAGGCCGCCAUAGCCAGCCAUGGCGGCUUUUGCCUCUUCAAGGGUCAUCAGGAGGUUUCUAUUUGCGCUGUUGCAGUUGGCGAUCACCUCGUCAUUACCGUCAUCGUUAUCACAGCAGCCAGUGCGGUUGCCACGUGGCAUGGCGCACUUGUCUGUGCGUCCGGCGCCGAGCCGCGCACCUGUCGACAGCGAGUGCCACCUUUCCGGGCAUCGGAAAAGGCGCAAACUUGAAACGUUUACGGAAAUACGCAUAUUGGAACCCAAUGUUUUAACUCUCAGAGCGCAGUAUGCGGACAACAUCUCCGCAACCGAACAGCCAAUGUAUAAUGGCAGUUUGGCCUUGGCCUUAUCUCCCCAGGAUCAGAGCCUGUUCAUCCUACUGGCCAACGGGGUCUGGCGGAUGAGCACCAACCAGACGACGAAUAGAUCUACGGCGAGUGCGACAUUGUUUGCGAGGCCGAUUCCCAGUGCGGGGAACUUGAGUCGUUUCCUCCAGGCGAUGGCGCUGGAAGAAGGUGACUUGGAAGGCACAGGAACAACAGCAGGGGCGGUCGCUAGCGGCGACACGUGGCGGGCAAGAAUAUUGCACGUGGCGGAGGGUGGAGAUACGAUUCGUGCACUUUCCAUCAAGUCCAAUGGAAGCUCGAUGACCCAUCAGCAGCUCGGCUUCCUCAAUUACACCGGAGUGACGGGCAGUAGACCAAUCGAGAGCAUGACCAUCGACUCGCAACGGAGAAUCCUGUACGCCUCUACAGGUCGGGCAAUUUACCGAGCCAACUUGACUUACACCCCAGGGGGAGGGGGAGGGGGAGGGGGAGGGGGAGCGGGAGGGGAAGGAUACUCCGCUCUGGAGCACUGGCUCGGCGCGAAGGAGUCCAAUUCCGGCGGCACCGACAACCCCCGCGAUGUGCUAUUCGGUCAUGCCAUUUUGGACGAGUCCGCAAUCUCCCCCGACGGGGAAAAGGUUUACUUCGUCGAUCGGGACUAUAACAUGAUUCGACGGCUGUGGACUAGAACAGGCGCUGUGGAUCGCAUUGCCGGAGGUCUGGAAGCGCGGCAGGACGGCCCUCCCUCGCAAGCAGCCUUCAGGGCACCCCAAGCCUUGGCUGUGACUCACGAUGGCUGCCACGUGUUCGUCUUGGAACAGGCCAUCAUAUCACCUCGCUUUGGGGAAGAUAACCGAUUGUCAAUGAUUCGGUUGAGUAGUAGCUGGGGGAAGGCGGUGAACGUGACCACGAUCGCUAACAUGUAUUACGGCUAUUUAUAUAAGGCGAUGGCUCUCUCGCCUGAGAGCGACACGUUGUACUUGUUUAGGGGGGGGGAUGUUGUGGAGCUAGGGAUUAAUAGAUCGGCUCUGGGUCCUUGCGGCGGGGGGCCCGCUUCCCCACGGGCUAAGCGGCCGGUCUCACCCUCGCCUGAGAACAACACACGUGUAAUCGUCAUGGCAAGCGCCGGCGUCGUGCUGCUGCUUGUGGCGUUAUCUGUGUUGAUUGCCAUCGUUGUUAUCCGACGGCGAAGAGGACCAUUCAAAUACAGGCGGAAAAGCAGUCUACGCGAGUCGCCUAUCGUCGCUGAUUCGUCGAAGGAGACGAAGGGGUCGGGAUCCACGUGGGCAAGCGCGACCUCAGCGUGGAGCGAGGACAGCUCGGGGAUCGGCGCGGCAGUGGUGAAAAGGUUGUCUUUUAUCCUGCGGCCGACUUCGGGGUUGAAGAGGUACUCCCUGGAGGAGAUCAGCAGAGCGUGCGAGCAGUUCAGCCCGGAGCGCGUUGUGGGAACGGGAGGUGCUGCGGAGGUGUACAAGGGCGUGCUCAGCGACGGCCAGGUGGUGGCCAUCAAGAUGAUGAAGGAUGCGGACUUCUUGGAAGCGGCGAGGUUCCGCCAGUUCCAAGCCGAGCUGGACGUGCUCGGAUCACUCCGCCAUAGCCAGAUCUGUUCCAUUGUGGGGUACUGUGCGGAGAAGGGGAAGUCGUUUCUCAUCUACCCGUUCGUGGAGGGAGGCACGCUCCACGAGCGCCUGCGAUCGGCUGGGCGCGGCAAUAGGGAACAAGAUGUCGUGCCAACAACGGACAGCAUCUCUGAUGGCAGCGUGUGCGCCCGGCGGAAGCCACCGUUGGACUGGAAGACCCGGCUGUCCAUCGCUGGACAGAUCGCAAGCGCUCUGCAAUACCUGCACGAGCAGGUGGACCCUCCCAUCGUCCACCGGGAUGUCAAGACCAAAAACGUGUUGCUGGAGGAUCACGGCGAGGGGGAUUGGACCUCGAUCAGGGCUUACCUGUCCGACUUCGGGCUGGCGAAGGUCGGGCAGAGCGUUUUCGGCGCGCAGCCGGCGGCAGAAACAGUGGACACGUACCACGUGGCGGGGACCUUCGGGUACAUGGCCCCGGAGUACUACAGCUCGUGCAGGCUGACGGCCAAGAACGACGUGUACGCGUUCGGGGUGGUGCUCCUGGAGCUAAUCACGGGUCGGCAGGCGUUCAUGUCUUCGCCUCGCCGCCAACGCCAGGGAAAGCAAGAGGAGGAGAAAGAGGAGGAAGCGAGGGAGGGGAACGAAGGGGACAUGAAAUCGACGGAGCCGGUGGAGGCAGAGGCUGAGGGGGAGGAGGAGGAGGAGGAGGAGGAGGAGGAGGAAUGGGAGUCAGGUCCCCGCACUCUGGCUUACUGGGCAAAGCGAAAGCUCCAUGGAGAGGAAGUGAUCUCUUCUGAGGACGACGAGUACGACGACGAAAAGCCGCUGAGAACCUCCGCAGCAAGAGUGACAGUCGUCCGCAGGACGACGAUGGAAGCUGCCGUGCACACUGAGCGGAUCCGAGAGAUUGCAGAUGGACGGCUGGCGACUCUUGGGCCCGUGGACUGGACUAGCGUUUGCGGAGUGAUGGAUCUUGCAGUGGAGUGCAUCAGAACCAGCCCCCGACGGCGACCGCAGAUGGGGUUCGUUGUGGAUAGACUGGGUCGCAUAGAGGAGUCGAUGCGCUCACGGGAGCAGGAGACAAGAUGAGCUCACGUCAGCGGCAGUUGCGCCCGAGGAUACGGAGAGCAUACUCGUAGUAGGACUUUUUGGACUGAGCUCUGGACGUAAAGUGCUGCCAGGUGCAUCCUCCGCAAUGUGCAAUUCCGGUCAGAUACGUCCAGGAAAGUCCUACUGUGAGUGUGGCCUAGUUACUGGGGAAGAAGAAAUGGUGAGCGAAGGACUACGUUAGGCGUGCUGGCGCCAUAUGCCAUCUGGCACUAGGAGAACGGAGGAGUAUUUUCUGAAAUGCGAGGUGCAUGUUGCACGCGUUCUACCCUUCUUCCCCCAACACGACGGCUGGUCAUUGUAUCUAUGUCUGUAUCGUUCCAAUUUUAACGGAUGUCCCGAAGGACAUCACCAGGUGUUGUGUUCGGGGGUGGAAGGUAUUCUUGAGAUGUGAGAUAUGCCAUGCAAACGUGUGUCAGUAUAGGGGCCUCGCUCCACAACUCACCUCGUGCACAAGAGACAAAAAUUAUAAAAUUAUGGCGGGGUAUCUUUCCAUGUCCUAGCGGAAGAUUCAUUCUCUUUUUGGACGUUUGGUGACUGGUGAGCGAGGCCGGCGAUGAUGACCGGUACGCCACGCAAGCGCGAUUGGGAAGGGCGAGAUCCAUAGGACGAAGCUAUGGCCGUAGAGUCCGCCAUCUC